GUGCGCUCUGGCGGCGCGGAACCUUCUGCUCCAGCCAAGGUGGUGAGGGCAGCUGCCCCUAAACAACGCAAGGGCAGCAAGGUUGGUGACUUUGGAGAUGCAAUCAAUUGGCCCACACCGGGAGAGAUAGCCCACAAGAGUGUGCAGCCGCAGUCCUAUAAGCCUCAGCCUGCUCGUAAGCUGCCGUCCAAGAAGGACAUGAAGGAGCAGGAGAAAGGGGAGGGAAGCGACAGUAAGGACAGCCCGAAAGCCAAGUCGGACGAGUCAGGGGAGGAGAAGAACGGGGACGAGGACUGCCAGCGAGGCGCGCAGAAGAAGAAGGGGAACAAACACAAGUGGGUUCCGUUGCAAAUAGACAUGAAGCCCGAAGUACCCAGAGAGAAGUUGGCCUCGCGUCCCGCGCGCCCACAGGAGCCAAGACACACACCUGCCAGCCGAGGGGAGAUCAAAGGGCCUGAGCCCACCACCUACAUGCCUGUGUCUGUGGCCCCCCCCACCCCGGCCUGGCAACCAGAGACCAAACCGGAGCCUGCCUGGCACGACCAGGACGAGACAGCGAGUGUGAAGAGUGAUGGGGCUGGUGGGGCUCGGGCUUCCUUCCGUGGCCGUGGACGGGGGCGUGGUCGCGGCCGGGGACGCGGCCGGGGUGGCACUCGAACCCAUUUUGACUACCAGUUCGGCUACCGGAAGUUUGACGGUACCGAGGGGCCUCGUACUCCCAAGUAUAUGAACAACAUCACCUACUACUUUGACAAUGUCAGCAGCACCGAGCUUUACAAUGUGGACCAGGAGCUGCUCAAGGACUACAUCAAGCGCCAGAUUGAAUACUACUUCAGUGUGGACAACUUGGAGCGAGACUUCUUCCUCAGACGGAAAAUGGACGUGGACGGCUUCCUUCCCAUCACACUUAUUGCUUCCUUUCACCGCGUGCAGGCCCUGACCACUGAUAUCUCACUCAUCUUUGAGGCCCUAAAGGACAGCAAGGUGGUGGAGAUCGUUGAGGAAAAAGUCCGUCGGAGGGAAGAGCCUGAGAAGUGGCCCCUUCCCGGCCCCCCAAUAGUGGAUUAUUCACAGACCGACUUCUCCCAGCUUCUCAACUGCCCAGAGUUUGUUCCCCGGCAGCACUACCAGAAGGAGACAGAGUCAGCACCUGGCUCUCCCCGUGCGGUCACCCCAGUGCCAACCAAAACAGAGGAGGUCAGCAACCUGAAGACACUGCCCAAGGGCUUGUCUGCCAGCCUUCCAGACCUGGAUUCCGAGAGCUGGAUUGAAGUGAAGAAAAGGCCUCGGCCCUCACCCGCACGGCCCAAGAAGUCGGAGGAACCCAGGUUCUCACACCCAGCGGCUCCACCUCAGCAGCUUCCCUCCCAGCAGCCCGUGUCCAAGGAGCAGGAGGAGCAGGAAGAGCUCGACUUCCUGUUUGACGAGGAGAUGGAGCAGAUGGAUGGGCGGAAGAAUACAUUCACUGCCUGGUCCGACGAGGACUCUGACUAUGAGAUUGAUGACCGAGAUGUCAACAAGAUCCUCAUCGUCACCCAAACGCCACCUUACAUGCGCCGGCACCCUGGGGGGGAUCGCACAGGCAACCACACCUCUCGUGCCAAGAUGAGUGCUGAACUGGCCAAGGUCAUUAAUGAUGGUCUCUUCUACUAUGAACAAGACCUGUGGACUGAGAAGUUUGAACCUGAGUAUUCUCAGAUCAAGCAAGAAGUCGAGAACUUCAAGAAGGUCAACAUGAUCAGUCGUGAGCAGUUUGACACGCUGACCCCUGAGCCCCCUGUGGAUCCCAACCAGGAGGUUCCUCCUGGGCCACCCCGGUUCCAACAAGUUCCUACGGACGCCUUGGCCAACAAGUUGUUCGGUGCUCCCGAGCCCUCCACCAUUGCCCGCUCUCUACCAACCACUGUCCCAGAGUCGCCAAACUACCGCAAUGCCAGAACUCCCCGCACGCCCCGGACUCCCCAGCUCAAAGACUCCAGUCAGACACCACGGUUUUACCCAGUGGUGAAAGAAGGCCGAACGCUGGACGCCAAGAUGCCUCGAAAAAGGAAGACAAGGCACAGCUCAAACCCCCCCUUGGAGAGUCACGUGGGCUGGGUGAUGGAUUCCCGGGAGCACAGGCCCAGGACUGCAUCCAUCAGCUCCAGCCCCUCAGAAGGGAUGCCUGCGGUCGGCAGCUAUGGCUGUACCCCCCAGUCGCUGCCCAAGUUCCAGCAUCCUUCUCAUGAGCUGCUCAAGGAAAAUGGCUUCACGCAGCACGUCUACCACAAGUAUCGGAGGCGGUGCCUUAAUGAGCGGAAGCGCUUGGGCAUCGGCCAGUCUCAGGAGAUGAACACCCUCUUCCGCUUCUGGUCCUUCUUCCUCCGAGAUCACUUCAACAAAAAGAUGUAUGAAGAGUUCAAGCAGCUGGCUCUGGAGGACGCCAAAGAAGGCUACAGAUACGGUUUGGAGUGCCUUUUUCGAUACUACAGUUAUGGCCUGGAAAAGAAGUUCCGGCUGGACAUUUUCAAGGACUUCCAGGAGGAAACCGUGAAGGACUAUGAGGCAGGCCAACUCUAUGGACUGGAGAAGUUCUGGGCCUUCUUGAAAUAUUCCAAAGCCAAAAAUUUGGACAUUGACCCCAAACUGCAAGAAUACCUCGGCAAAUUCCGACGUCUAGAAGACUUCCGAGUGGAUCCCCCCAUGGGUGAGGAAGGCAACCACAAGCGACACACAGCGAUCGCAGGAGGUAGCGGUGAGGGCAGGAAGCGGUGCCCCUCCCAGUCUUCCAGCAGGCCUGCCCCCGGGGUUAGCCAGCCCCCCACGCCACCUACCGGCCAGGCCAUCCGGGAAGAUGCCAAAUGGACAAGCCAGCACUCUGACACACUGACUAUGGGAAAGUGAACGUCCUGAAGCCCCCUGGGGUUUGGGGAGAAGGGGUGGGGUGGGUGAGGAUCCAUUGGGGUGCCCAGUCCCAGGAGAGUGGACAGAGAAGGGACAGGCCUGGAGUUACUAGGACGGGCCAUUGCGCUAAGUAGCAGUGUGUACACCAUUUGGGCUAUUAUUAGCGGUGCCCCUGGGCAGGAGCCUCUAUGGACCCCUUCCCCCUUGUGUCUCCAUGACUUCCAUCCUAGCUUUGAAGGGGGGGAGGGGAAGGGGGAGAUUUUUAUAUAUAUAUAUACAUAUAUAUAUAUCAAGUUUUAAAUUAUUGAUAGUUUGUCUGGAUUACCAAAAUCACUCUUCAGCCCUGCCUGCGGCUGGUAGGCCACAGCCCUGUCUCCCCAGCCUCUUCCUGCUCCCCCCAAGCCAACUAUGCAGCCCACCAGAAGGUUCUGGGGGCGCCCCUGGGCCCCAGAAACACCAGCCCCCUGAUGAUCUGGGGUCUGCCACCACCGUGUCCCCUGCUGUCCAACCACGCCCUUCUGCCAUCUCUGGGAGAAGGAAACCAAAGGAUCUCAGGGUGGGGUUGGGAGCCUCAGCCGCCCUCCCCACCCCUGUCCCUCGCCCCAGCCCAGAGACGCUGCUCAAACCAGAAGAGACUAUUGAAAGAUGAUUUAUUUUUUUUUUUCUCUGACCUUUCCAUCCUUGGGACAAAAGACAAAAUCAACCAUUCAAAAAAAAACAAAAAAUCGGAAGCCCCCACCUAAUCUGUAGAAAGUGAUGUCUUUUCCCCUCCUUGGAAUUCUUCUGUUUUGUUCUUGGAAAUAAUAUUUUUUUAAAAGUUGCCUUAUUGUGGAGCGGGAACCUGAAAUAAUGCCCAAACGCCUGUUUUCCUCGGUGGAGCCGCUGAAGCACCCACCCGCUUGGGAUCUGCCUGGCUUGGACGGACCAGACUGUUCUCUGGACUGGGCUGCGUGCACAGGCCCUCCACCUGGAGGAGGCAGGCGCGUUGGGAGCGGCUUGCCCCGGAGUCGCCCGACACUCCUGCUGUGUCUGCACCACCGCCUCUGCCGUCCGUCAGCUUGCUGUCGCCUCACCCAGGCCUGUUCUGCCGUGACUCCCUUCGUCCUAGUCCUGGAGCCCCAAGGCCAAGUUUGCUUCAGACUGUUGGAAAACAGAUGGGCUUUGGUCUGCAACACGUUUGCGCUUGGCCCGAGCAUCUCCCCAACGCAGAAUGAACACCCACUGGCCACGGCUUGGAUCUGCGUCUGACCUCAGAGAGGUUUGUCUCUCUCAAGGUGGAGAAAGGUGCUGUUCUCCGAGGGUCUGGUGGGGUCUUCCGUCUUACACCCCCCCUCUGCAAGCCAUCUCCGCCUACCCUCUCACAGACGCUGCCUGCCUGGGAGUAAGGGUUAGGAGGAACUGAGGCCUGGAGGAUGCUGCCUGCCGACUGGUGAAGCCAUGGCAGGAAGGUCUGUGGACAUAGAGUGUACCUGACUUCUCUUCUCCAGCCAAGCCGGCCUACACAUGCCAGAGGACUGGCUGGGGGCUGCUGGCAUCAAGGAACGGAGGGAGGGUGAUGAAGGGCGGAGCACACGGACUGGAAGACUGCAUGCUCGUCCCCCGUCGGACACACGGUACACAAACAGUGUGGUGUCAGCUCAGAACUUUCUGUGGCCCUCCUUGUCACUGGGCUGCUCUGUCGUCCCAAAGGUUGGGCCGAGGAGAUGGUGUCGCAGGCUGGCUCAUCUUGCCCUCUGUCCUUGGGUACCUUGUUGUUUUGAACUCUUGCCCUGCCCCAUUCUGACCUGGUGUUUAGUACAUGGGAAGCCAGUGUUUGUUCCUCUGACCCAGUGGUCUCAAACCAUACAGGAGCAGGGUCUGCUGACAGGAUCUGAGGCCUUCCCCUGCCUGAGUCUGGUGCUGCCCCGUGGUGCACCGAUUCCUGGGCUCUGGUCUCCUUCCCUUCCUUCCCCGUUUGCUCACUCAGCCCCAUACUGUAUCCAGCACCACAGAACCUCACAACCUGCGGGCCCAAUGUGGGGAGAAGGGUGGUUCCUGACUAGACUAUCCAGGCUAGGGCUGCCGUCAUCUCUGACCCUCUCAGACCCCCUUGAGGGAGGUUGGGAGGGAACCCCUUUGGGGCAGGAAAGGGUAUCAUCUCAACACAGGCUGAGGAGCUGGGGGAGGGUGGUCCCCCACCUUUUUUUUGUAACAUGUUAGGAGUUAAUGUUGCAAAGAGUAGUUUACAUCUUCACUUUCUGAAGACACUUGAAUUUAGGACCGAUGUAUCUGUGACAAGUAUGCCAGGAGGGGCAGGGGCCACCAGGGCAGCCACUUCCCCACCCACCAUCUUCCCGUGGGAUUGAAGACCUGAGACAGUGACAGCCUGCUGAACCGCCUUCAUCCUCCGCCUGUGCUGGCUUGGUCCGUGCACCUGGGUCCUGGUGAGGGGUGGAUCGUCUUUCCACCCUCUGAGCCUGGGCACAAAUGUGCUACCAGAAGAGGCUGCCUGACCCAUUCCAGCCUGGACCCAAGGCUCACAGGUGCUGAGCCCCAAGUCCGAGUUACAUGUUUUUGUUUGUAGGUGCCCCCCCCCCCCCCGCACGCUUCUGAUGACUGAUUUAUAAAAGUAAGUUGUUCCGGAGGCCUGCAGGUUGGGAGGGGGGCAGAGAGCAUAAUGACAAGGGUAAGGCAAAGGGAAGGUUGCCAAAGGCUUGGGUAGAGUGGUCUGGAUCACCUGGCCCCCCUGGAUGGGAGCCCCAAAGUACCUGUCGUAUCAAAGGGCCCCCCCCGGGGGUCUCCCCCGCCCCCCCCCCCUCCGGCCACGGUGAUGGCAGAGGCAGAAGAGAACUCCCAGCUGGUUUCUCACUGGAGAGGAAAGUCAUCAGCUUUGCAGAGAAGGGUCCACCUUCUGCUUGUAGUACAUGUUCUUUCCAUGUGCUAGGAAAUCACAUUCAACAGGACAAAGAAAUGUAAGAUACUUGAAUGAGCUUGUGUCAUAACAUUAAUAUUGAGAAUCUGCGUUCCAGGCUGAAGUGGUUCCCAGUGCUCUAGGCCUCCUAGUCCUUUGUAAUUUGUGGUAAUUAUGCUUUUCUUUUUAAUACAAAAAAAUGUAUAAAAAUAAAAAUGUGAAAAGACAAAA